AUCUACAAGAACGUGGUCGCCACAGACACGAGCCCGAAUCAACUAGAAAUGGCUCCGACGCUACCCAACAUCAAAUACCAACAAACCCCACCCGCCAUGUCCACAGCGGAGCUCCAACAAAAAGUUGCACCCGAGUCGAGCGUUGAUACCGUGACCGUAGCUCAAGCAAUGCACUUUUUCGAUCUUCCCACAUUUUACAGCCAAGUGAAAUUUGUCUUGAAAAAACCCGACGGUGUCAUUGCCGCCUGGUGCUACACCUUACCGGAAGUACACAACGUCGUAGACCCCAUUCUGCGACGGUACUACGAUGUCGUUAAGGAGAAGUUCUGGGAACCUCCGCGAAAAAUGGUGGAAGACAAGUACAUGAACAUCGAUUUCCCGUUUGAGCCGGUUGACGGGGAAGACAAAACGGGACCGUUUGAGUUCCUGGCGGAGAAACCAAUGGGUUUGGAUGAAUUUUUCACGUAUCUGAGGUCGUGGUCGGCGUAUCAGACAGCUAAGGAUGUGGGUGUGGAGCUUUUGACGGACGGUGUGAUUGAGGAGUUUAAGCGUGGUUCGGGGAGGGGGAAGAAGCUGGUUAGAUUUCCGGUUUAUCUGAGGAUCGGCAAAGUGGGAAACUGAGAAGCAGCAAUAAAUUAAUCCGUAAAAUUAUAGGAUUAAUUAAUCUUAAUUACUUGAUUAAUUAGUUUACGAGUUAAUUUGCUGCUCUACAGUUCUGAAGAGGUUGAUGCUGUUUUGUAUAACGAACUUAAAUUAUUUUAAUAAAAAAAUUAUGAAAGAACUUAAUCUCA